AUGAAUCUGGAAAACAUGCGCAGCACUUUAAUAUUCAUCAUCGCGGCAACCAUUCUUACCGGUGGCAAGUCGCAAAAUAAUUUUAGCAUUCCAAUCGAAUCCAUCCGUUUAUCUGUGAACUACAUGGUACCGAUUCACUACAACAUAAAGCUAAUUCCAAAUACCCACAUACACGAUUCCAAUAAGGCAAAGCCGUCAAUUAUAAUAAUAAAUCAUGGCCAUGUUUUAUUUGAUGGCGAAUCUAGUAUAACUAUAAAUAUCUUACAAUCUACACAAUAUAUAAAAUUACAUGGAUUAAAUCUGCUGAUAUCUCUUUCGAUAAAGUUGUUUAAAGGAGAUGGCUUAAUGUAUAAAAUGAGUAAAUUUACAUAUGGUUCUGAACCGGACAUUUUAGUGUUUCACUUUAACGAAAUAUUAUUUCCCGGGCUUUACUGCAUGAAAGUGGAUUACGUUGGUCGAAUGACAGACGACGACACGGAAGGCUUCUUCAGAUCUUCCCACGUAAACAAAAAUGGAGAUACAGAGAACAUAGUAGCAACACACAUUCAGGCGACUGGAGCUCGACGAUUAUUUCCCUGUUGGGACGAUCCGCAAUUAAGAACCACAUUUGCCAUCUCUGUAAAGCAUCACCGUAAUUUUACAGCUUUAUCCAAUAUGCCGAUAAGAAUGAAUUAUACAGAUCAAGAUUAUACAGAUCAAAAUUAUACAGAUCACAGUUUAAAGUGGACACACUUCUUAACUACUCCUCCAAUAGCCACUUAUCACGUUGCGAUUGCAGUGACGAAUUAUAUCCCCAUUCGCAUUAAUAAAAAUAUUUAUUUGUGGUGCAGAAAAUAUCUUAAAGAUCACUUUUUUGAGUUGGCAAAGCGAGUUAUUGAAAGCGUCACGUCGCACUUGGAAACUGAAUUUCAAGGAAUAGAAAUUCCAAAAAUGGAUCAUGUUGCAAUUCCAAACUUUCCACAAGAUGGCACAUCGAAGUGCGGACUCAUUUUUCACAGGGAAAUGGAUCUUAUCCAUGAUGAGCAAUUAGAUCCAGUAAUGCGUAAAAUAGAAGUCGCACGUGGUGUAGCACUUAAAAUAGCAUAUCAAUGGUUCGGUAACGCAAUUAGUUCAUCACGAUGGUCUUUUUUUUGGCUACAUGACGGUCUUGCCACUAUAUUCGCAGAAGAAGCUGUCGAUAAGAUCCUCAUUAAUUCUGGAAUAAUGGAUUUCUUUAUAGUUCGGAAUCAAUACGAGUCUCUUCAUUUGGAUUUUUACUUUAAUAUGAAUCCCCCAUUAACGAAUAAUCUGUCGGAGACCAAUUCACUUUUCAAUUUUCCUCGUUACAUCAAAGCACCUAUUGUUUUACGGAUGCUCCAAAAUGUAAUGACCACUGAAGUAUUCCGAAGUGGUGUUCGUUCAUAUCUAUAUAAGUACGUGCAUAGCUCACUGGCUCCUUAUCAAUUUUGGUCCAUACAAGAAGACCUAGCUAAUGAAUACCUGUUUAACAUAUCAAGAUAUGAUUUCUCAGCUUGGAUAAACAACAGGCAUUAUCCUAUCUUGAAUUGGACACAAAAAAAUUCUUCCUACGGAACGAUGAAGCAAUGUCUUAACAAAACACAUUACGGUAAAUGGUGGAUACCUACAAGGAUAAUUACAAAGUCUAUUUUGCCUAACAAUAUCAGAAUACAAAUAAAACCACAAACGUUUUCAUAUUUGGAUUACAAUUUUCAAGAUGAUUGGGUAAUGGUCGACAUUCAGCAAGCUGGAUAUUAUCGCAUUAGCUAUGAAAAUAAAAACUUGCACCAAAUUGCACAUUACUUGAAUUCAGAAGAAUAUGAACAUAUAAGUGUCAUCAAUCGUGCUAAAAUAAUUGAUGACGUGUUUCACUUCAUGAUUGCACGCCAGCUCAAUAUUUCUAUGUUCUGGAAACUGACAACUUACUUACGGCAAGAGACAGAUUACGUUGCAUGGUAUCCUAUGAUCAAAAUGUUUGAAUAUGUAUCGAAUGUGAUUCCAUUUGAUACAAACGCAACUGGUUUCAACAUUAUGCAAAAUUUGAAAGAAUUGUUGGAUGGACUUUUUGAAAUACUAAAAUCUGAAAACUUUAUACCGAAGAAUGACCUUACUAUAUGUUUAAGACAAGAAAUCCUAAAAUGGGCAUGUACUUUCCGUCAUGGUCCGUGCUUGGAAAUGGCCAAAAGAAAGUUACUAUCGCAUUUCGACAAUCCUCUAAGCAUAGAUUCACCAGAGUGGAAAGAAUGGAUAUUUUGUAAAGGUUUAUUAGAAGCAAAUAUAUCUGUGUGGAACAUCGUAACGCAUAAAUGGAUGGGAGAUAAACGAUAUGAGCUUCUACCAUACGUAACUUGUACUCGAUAUUCUUCUAUUCUUUUAGAACACCUUCCGUAUAUGUUCGAUAAAUGGAAUCUUACGACACAUAAAGAUACUGCAAUUAUCCGUUCUUAUAUAAACAUUUUUCAUACAUUUGUUACAAAGCAUGUUAACAACUAUUCUAUCCUUACGAAGAUUUUAGUGAAUCUUGAGCGAAUAAAACCCAAAAAUAUCAGUAUAAUCUUAGCAUUAACGGACAUCAUUAACCAUGUAUAUUCUAAAAAACACCUUGAUAAAAUACUCAUUUAUUUGGAACAACAAAAAUACAUAACUGAUGAACAACAAAUUGCAGAAAUUCAACGCAAGAUACAAAUACGUUCGUCUGAAAUUAAAGAUCAAAUAAAUCAUUUUCAAUUUUUAGUUUGA